GGCCAGAAAGUACAAAACCAUCCCCUUAUAUGUGGGCCACUAUUACCCUUGUAGUUUACCAUUCUGUGGUAUGUGCUUAAAAGUGGAUGGUUUUGGCAGCACGAGUAGCUUUUUCAGUGACUCUGGUACUUCACUGUAUGUAAGUAUCAUACGAUUUGGGCAUAACCAACAUGUGCGUUAUUCUGUGAUAUUGAGGCGAGAUAGAUGAGCACGAUUGAUUGAGGGAAAAUACAAUAUCGGAAGACAAUAACGUUACAAUUGAAAAUGGAAGGUUCUCAGGAGCAGACGCAGCUAACCGGGGGAAACAAGCAAGGCGACGAGGGGAAUGGGAAAAAAAAUUGGGAUGCUGCAAGGCCGCUGGAGAGAAAUUUGAAGAGUCUGGAUGAUGAAGGUGCUCCGUUGCUAGGCGAAAACGAAGAAGAAAACGAAGAAGAAAACGAUGACUGCGAAAACGCACACGUGCGCGCAAGUGAAGCAGAAGAUGCCGCUCCUGAGUGGUCCGCCACCAAAGAUUAUGAAGGAUUGAGCUGGUGGCGUCGACCGUCUGUGAGUGAGAUACAAUUCUUUUUCCUGCAUUCAACAAUCGCACCGCUUGUAAGAAUCUCAGCAAGCAGUCCACACGGUUAACAGACCACCAAAGCUCUAUCUCCUUCUCCCCGCCUUCUUCAUCUACUCCCUCGCGUUCGGCGGUCUCAUCGUCCCCAAACUCAACCUAGUCCUCUCCCUCGUCUGCCGCAACUACCUACUCCACGACGCUCCCACUAGCACCCUCAUCCUCCCUGACACCGACAACCCACAAUGCCGCAUCCCUGAGAUCCAGGCCCUCGCCUCCAAAUUUAUAAUGUACCUCACCAUCCUCACCGGCGUCUUCAGCGCGCUGAUGGCCCCCUUUCUCGGCUCUAUCUCCGACCGGCACGGGCGUAUCCGCAUUCUUAUCCUUAGUAGCUUUGGCUCUUUCGCUGCUGAAAUAAUUUCUAUCCUCGUGGCUAAGUUUCCGGACAUUGUCCACUACAAUUGGUUUCUGCUGGGCGCGUUUCUAGACGGCAUUUGUGGCUCUUUUACCACUGAAAUGGCCAUCAUCUACGCUUACGCCGCAGAUUGCACGGCACCGCCCAAGCGUGCCGUAGCGUUUGGCUAUUUUCACAGCUGUCUCUUUGCCGGUAUGGGCUUGGGGCCUCUCAUCGCCGCAUUUCUCGCCGAAGCCACAGGCGACAUAAUCACCAUCUUCUACUUCGCCAUCAGCAUCCACGCCAUCUUCAUGCUCUUCGUGCUCCUCCUGCUCCCCGAGUCCCUCCCAAAACAGCGGCAACAACUAGCCCGCUCCCCUACCCAGAACAGAUACCACUUACUCCGCACCCUGCGACUUAGCAACCUCACUGCCCCAUUCAAAAUCCUCUGGCCAACAUCCCCAGCAUCCUCCCCCCACCUCAGAAGCAACCUCGUCCUCCUCGCCGUAGUUGACACCCUCGUCUUCGGCAUCGCCAUGGGCUCCGUCACUGUCAUCAUCUACUACAGCGGGUACCAAUUUGGCUGGAGCACCGCUCAAAUUAGCCUCUUCUCCUCCUUAUGCAGCAUCUCGCGGGUUCUUGUGCUCAUCGUCGGGCUUCCCCUGUUCGUCAAAUUCGCGCGGCGAUACCGUCCCCGUACCCACAAGGACGCCGCGGCUGAUUGGCUGGAUUUGGGGAUUGUGCGAUUUUCCAUCUCGCUUGAGGUCCUUGGGUAUGUGGGAUAUGCGGUGGCGCGCACGGGGCCGCUUUUCAUCGUGUCGGGUGUGUUAACGGCGUUGGGGGGUGUGGGCUCCCCGACGUUGCAGAGCGCACUGACUAAACAUGUGCCGCCAAACAGAGUAGGCCAGUUGCUGGGUAUUACUGGAUUGCUGCAUGCGGUGGGUCGGGUUGCAUGUCCUGCGGGUUUCAAUCUGAUAUAUGCAACAACGGUGAAAAGUUUUCCGCAAGCAGUUUUUGUGACGCUGGCUGGUUCGUUCGCUGUCGCGUUGUUUUUAAGUUGGUUUAUUAGACCGUAUGGUGAGUUAUUUGUGUUGCAUGGAGUGGAUGGCGAGAAUGCUAAUGAGUGGAUAGUGAUUCCCGAGACUUUGGAAGAAGCAAAUGCUAGUUCGGAAGGAGAGCCAAGAGUUCCCAUUUCGGAAACAAUCAUAGAUGAGGGGAUUGGUGCAUAUUAGAAUGUCUCUUAUACCUCAGAAUAACGGUUGCUAUUAUUCACAAUAAACUACCCUUCCUCUCAUCCCCUCUCAUUCCGUCUUUUCAUCUCUUCUCGUUCGCUCUUGCACGUUCAUUCGUCGCCUCAUCUUCUCUCUCCCGGCUCCAAAACAGACAUGACUGAAGUAGAAAAAGAAAGUAGAUCAUAAUCAUGACCAAAACCAAUAGCAACACUAAAUAUAGUCGCACAAUGUGAUCAACUAAUGGAAAGGGUAUGUUCAGCAGAUCGGGAAUCUUCUUAAAUAGAAAAUAAUAAAGUUUGAUAAGUCAUACCAGUAGUAUAUCCUUUUAUAUUACCAACAUGUAAGUGUAUGCUCGCUCUUAGGGUUGGGCCACUACAUCGAGGCCCGGAAUGAAACUGCUCAAAACUUCCGAGGUAAGAAUUGUGAAGUAAGAUGGUACUAUUAUUGUAAAUAUGUCUGACAAUGAUAACUGUCGGCUACGCUCUCUUGUUCAAUGUGUCUUGAUUCCUUAGAAAAUUUAUCAGCAAACUCGAAUAUCGUCUGUGUUUUUCAACUCAAUAUAUCUUCAUUCUUCAAGCCUCUUUCAACAAUGCUGUUUCUACUCCCUAGGUGUCGCAACAUUAAACACCUGGGCUUAGCACCCGAUGCCGCCUUAUUUCUUUGCCGUCCGCACGUGAUGCUCUCCACAAACGGUCCAGGGGUGGAGU